CCAAAUAAUCAUCUCAUUCAUCCAUUGCCACCAAAAGUAACCGUCUUCUUCAUCAUAAAAAAACCCUAAUCCUACAAUUAACUAACAACACAAAAUUUACAGAAGAGAGAGAAAGUAGAGAGAGAGAGAGAGAGAAUCGUGGGUUAAGAAGUUGGGGGUUUCACGGAGAUUAAUUAGCUUCUAAUUACCCUUCUCUCUAUAACUGAUUCCUCAUUAAUCUCUCUCUCUCUUCUUAUAAUCCAUAUGCGAAAACACACACUUCAACUUCAUUUUCACACUCUUGCUUUUCUCUGUUUUUCUUCUUCUCCGAUUCUUACUCUGUUCCUCUUCAAUGGCGGCUCUUACCUUUUACUCCAAUUUCUACUCUGACCCUUCUUCAUAUUAUCACCAAUUCCACUAUUUCUCCCCUGAAUUCUCCCCGGACCUAUGUUAUUUUCCUCCCCCCCAGCUCCUCCACGAUCCCAUUGCCUUCGAUUACGUCGACGACUCUGUUUUUUACCCCACCACUGCUGCUCCGUUCUUCGACGACGCCUUUCCGUUUCUCUUUUCCGAUGCCUACCCGUACUUCUCCACUCCCGCCGUCGAUGAAUUCCUUCCCGUCUCGCCUGAGUUCUUCCCUUGUGAUGAAUUUGAGUUUCAUUGCCCCAAACGUCAGAGGGCUGUGUUGGAACAGAGCUUUCGUUGUGGCGACGGUGGCGGUGGCGGUGGCGGUAAUGUAGGUGGUGGAGGAGGUUACUUUCCUCCUCCUCCGACAAUGACGAUGACGUCGGAGUUGUUUUCGAGUGCGUGGGAUGGUAGAAUGGACAAUGCUGAAAUGAUGAAUGAUGGUGGUUGUUUGAAGACUAAACCGACGCCGGUGCCGCUGUCGAGUAAUAACUUAUCAGCACAGACAAUUGCGGCCCGGGAACGGCGGAGGAAGAUAACGGCAAAAACGCAGGAGCUCGGAGAGCUGGUUCCGGGUGGGAGCAAGAUGAAUACUGCCGAAAUGCUGAAUUCUGCUUUCAAAUAUGUCAAAUUCUUGCAAGCCCAAGUUGCUAUUUUGCAACUGAAGCAAGAAACAGAGCAAGAACAAGAACAAGAAGAAGAAACAGAGGAUCUUCGAAUUCUUGAAUCCACAAUGAUUCAAGAGAAGUUAUACUCUGAAGAAAAAUGUUUGGUUCCAAAAGGGUUUGUCCAAAAUCUUGCCAAUUUUCCUGAGAUUCAAUCCCAUCCGUCCAUUUUCAAUUCCAUCAAUCAGAUCCUUCACAACAGCAGCUAGCAAAAAAACUAAACACUGAUCAGACAC